AUGCUCGCUCCAAAACCCGCGUCCCGAGGCCGAACUAAAGUAAAGACAGGCUGCGCAACAUGCCGAAUCAGAAAGAUCAAGUGCGACGAGGCCAAGCCCUUCUGUGAGAAGUGUGUCAAGACUGGACGCAAAUGCGAUGGUUACGAAUCUGUCUUCAGGCCCUUUCCCAGCACGCCGCAGCCGAUCGUCAAGCCAGAUCCAGGGCAUGAUUACGCUAAGGACGAGCCUCCAUUGAGCACUGGGGAUCUCAAUCGAUACUUCUCGACCAAAACGAUAUUCGAUGUUGAGCUUAGCUGCAAUGAAGAGGCAGAGCAGGUCCUGCAAGCUAGCAUGACUAACGACUCGAUACGGCAUGCUCUGCUGUCUCUCAGGGCUCUUCGUGGAAAUCUCGAGGCGAAGAACGAAGGAGAUACAUCCGAGACCGACGCACAGCAGAGAUUGAGCUACAACUUCGGCCUUCAGCAGUAUAGUAAAGCUUUAACGAGUCUUGCUUCCAACCUUGCAUAUCCCAGCCCCGAAAGCCUAAAGUCCGCACUGCUUUGUUGCCAAGUCUUGAUCAGCGUUGAGCAAGUCCGGGGGAACUUUUCAGCCAUGGGACUGCACAUCAUUCGAGGACUGGACAUCCUGCGCGAGUACCGCGCCAGACCGUACAUGACCACCGAUGGCCUAAUGCCAGCACGACAUACUGGUCUGCCUGCCUUGGAUGUCUUUAUUAUAAAGCUGUUCGCUGCGCCUUGCAAGUUCACGGAACAACAACCCCCCGAAUCUUCGAACAUAGCAAUGCCGCCGGUUGAGACGAAAGAUCGAAAGCUGGCACCGAAUAUGCGAGCGGAACUCACAAAGUUCGCUACGUCCACUAUCGCGCUGCUCGAAAAGACGGCAAAGAUCCAGUUGGAAGAACAGGCUCAUGUGCUUCUCUCGGAAAGACGAGGCUUGCUUGAUGGCUUGGACUCAUGGCUCGCUGCUCUCGAAUCGCUUCAGAAUGAGACACAACCGGGAAAGCCAGAGUCUAUCUCUGAUGACUUCUUGCGUAUCUUAUAUCUUAUCCUGAAAAUCAUUCUUCUUGGAACUUUAGAAACUUCACCAGAUCUUGAUGCCAAGCUAAAGGAAGAAAACAAGCAGCUACAAGGUUUAGCGAACCUCGUCAAUGAACGACUAAAGGAUUAUGAUAUGCGACAAGGGAUUAAUACUAGCUUAGCAAAGCAAUCUCAAUAA